UCACAACGUUAUGAACAGUAAAUAAUUCCUUCAGUCAAAGUCUGCAGAAUUGCAGGCUAAGGGAAUGUGUGCAUAAAGGGCUCCGGAUGUCUGCGAGAAAGCUCCCAGAUGAAGGCUCCAUCCUUGAACUGCAUAUCGUCGCUCUCGGCUACACCGUCUGCAGUCCUCUCCCCGUGUUCUCACUAGCCGCAGCUGAACGGUCUUUUGCUGAUCAUUUCCAUGACUCCAUCCACGCCUGGCUGUUUUGUCUUAAGGAGGAGGAGGAGGAUAACGUUUUCUGCGGAGAGAUCUGCGGAAUGUGGUGCUUGAAAUUCGUGGUCGCCACUGAAUGACAGGAUACAUGGAGGCAACACAAGCCUGCGCCUGUGGCAAACUUGAGCAAGGGAAGCCCCCGGGAGGUCCCAGUAGAAGAUGGCAUUCUGGAGGAGAAAUACUUAUGUUGAGAAGGAACGCCAUGUGAAAGCCAAUGCACGAGACUACAAUGACAAGUUCUCUUAUGCCGACAAUCGCAUCAAAACCUCAAAGUACAACAUCUUCACCUUCCUGCCCAUCAACUUGUUUGAGCAGUUCCAGAGGGUGGCCAAUGCUUACUUCUUAGUGCUGUUGAUACUGCAGUUAAUUCCAGAAAUAUCCUCCCUGUCCUGGUUCACAACCAUUGUGCCUUUGGUGUUGGUGCUGGUUAUCACGGCUGUCAAAGAUGCCACGGACGACUAUUUCCGACAUAAGAGCGACCAACAGGUCAACAACCGCCAGUCUCAGGUUCUCAUCAGCGGGAGUUUGCAGAAUGAGAAAUGGAUGAAUGUUCGAGUUGGGGAUAUCAUCAAACUCGAGAAUAAUCAGCUUGUUGCUGCAGACAUCCUCCUUCUCUGUAGUAGUGAGCCCUAUGGACUGUGCUAUAUUGAGACUGCAGAGCUAGAUGGAGAGACAAAUCUAAAAGUUCGUCAGGCCUUGACAGUUACCUCAGAUUUGGGAGAUAUUUCAAAACUGAUGGACUUUGAUGGAGAAGUCAUUUGUGAACCUCCAAACAACAAGCUGGAUAAAUUUACAGGAACCUUAUACUGGAGAGACAAUAAAUACUCUCUGGAUAAUGAAAAAGUGUUGCUGAGAGGCUGUGUUCUUAGAAACACUGAGUGGUGCUUUGGAAUGGUCAUAUUUGCUGGGCUGCAAACCAAACUGAUGCAGAACUGUGGAAGAACAACAUUUAAAAGGACAAGUAUUGACAGACUGAUGAACACUUUGGUUUUGUGGAUCUUUGCCUUCCUCAUUUGUAUGGGAGUUAUUUUGGCCAUCGGAAACACGAUCUGGGAGAGUCAGAUUGGCAGAACCUUCCAGGUGUUUUUGCCGUGGAAGGAGUUUCAGAGCAGUGCUGUUUUCUCUGGCUUCCUCACCUUCUGGUCCUACAUCAUCAUCCUAAACACGGUUGUGCCCAUCUCACUGUAUGUCAGUGUGGAGGUUCUGCGGCUCGGUCACAGUUACUUCAUUAACUGGGACCGGAAGAUGUACUACAGUCAGAUGGACACUGCAGCUGAAGCUCGCACCACCACCCUGAACGAGGAGCUGGGGCAGGUGGAGUUCAUCUUCUCUGACAAGACUGGCACCCUCACCCAGAACAUCAUGGUGUUCAGCAAGUGCUCCAUUAAUGGACAGACGUACGGUGACGUCUAUGAUGAAUUUGACCAGAAGGUGGAAAUUACAGAAAAAACAGCUCGUGUGGACUUUUCCUUCAACCCUCUCUGUGACAGGAGGUUUAACUUUUACGACAGCAGCCUGGUUGAAGCCAUUAAACUGGGGGAUGCUGCGGUGCAGGAGUUCUUCAGACUGCUGGCUCUGUGCCACACUGUGAUGCCAGAGGAGAAGAGUGAAGGACAUUUGGUGUACCAGGCCCAGUCACCUGAUGAGGGAGCGCUGGUCACCGCAGCACGAAACUUUGGGUUUGUCUUCCGGGCGCGAACCCCCGAGACCAUCACACUGUGUGAGAUGGGACGAGAUGUCACCUAUCAGCUGCUGGCCAUACUGGACUUCAACAACGUGCGCAAGAGAAUGAGUGUCAUUGUAAGAAAUCCACAAGGCCAGAUUAAACUUUACUCCAAAGGAGCAGACACUGUUAUCUUUGACCGCCUGGAUCCAUCCAGUGAAGACCUCAUGUACACUACCUCAGAGCACCUCAAUGAAUUUGCCGGAGAAGGGCUUCGAACAUUAGCGCUGGCCUACAAAGACCUUGAUGAAAAUGAUUUUGAAGUCUGGAUGAAGAAGCUUCUGUUCGCCAGCACUGUAAUUGAGAACCGCGAGGAUCAUCUGGCUGUUCUCUACGAGGAGAUCGAGCAGGGCUUGAAGCUUCUAGGAGCCACGGCAAUAGAGGACAAACUGCAGGAAGGAGUGCCAGAGACAAUCGCCUGUCUAAAUCUAGCUGACAUCAAGAUCUGGGUCCUCACAGGAGACAAACUCGAGACCGCAAUGAACAUCGGCUACUCCUGCAACAUGCUGCGAGAUGACAUGAAUGAGGUGUUUGUUAUCUCUGGCCACACAUUUCUGGAGGUGCAGCAGCAGCUCAGGAAUGCCAAGGAGCACAUCCUCAGCCUGAGUCGAGUUAGCAGCGCAGGAGAUGCUGAGAAGACAGAUAUGUUUGCAGAUGACUCUGUGUUUGAAGAAACCAUUAUUGCAGAGUAUGCCUUAGUCAUCAACGGACACAGCUUGGCUCAUGCUCUGGAGCCACAGCUGGAACACAUCUUGCUGGACUUGGCCUGUUUAUGUAAAACUGUCAUCUGCUGCCGGGUUACUCCGAUGCAGAAAGCUCAGGUGGUGGAGCUGGUGAAGAGGCACAAAAGGGCCGUCACCCUGGCCAUAGGAGACGGAGCCAAUGACGUCAGCAUGAUCAAGACUGCUCACAUUGGUGUUGGUAUCAGUGGUCAGGAGGGGAUGCAGGCUGUUCUGGCAUCAGAUUACUCCUUUGCUCAGUUUCGGUACCUUCAGCGGCUCUUGCUGGUGCAUGGACGUUGGUCCUACUUCCGCAUGUGUAAUUUCCUGUGUUACUUCUUCUACAAGAACUUUGCCUUCACGCUGGUCCACUUCUGGUACGGUUUCUUCUGUGGUUUCUCAGCUCAGACUGUUUAUGACCAGUGGUUCAUUACCCUCUUCAAUAUAGUCUAUACAUCUUUGCCAGUGCUGGCAGUGGGACUGUUUGAUCAGGAUGUCAGUGACCAGAACAGCCUUCGCUACCCGAGCCUGUACAAACUUGGCCAACAAAACCUUCUCUUCAACAAGCGCCAGUUUUUCCUGUGCACACUGCAGGGGAUGGGCACAUCAUUCCUGCUCUUCUUUAUUCCCUACGGAGCCUUCUCUGUCUUGGUGAAAGAGGAUGGCUCCCACUUUUCAGACCAACAAGCGUUUGCCGUUACCAUAGCAACGUCCUUGGUUAUUGUUGUGAGUGUUCAGAUUGGACUUGACACUCACUACUGGACAGCUGUCAACCACCUCUUCGUAUGGGGCAGUCUGACUGUGUACUUUGUCAUUUUAUUCACAUUUCAAAGCAAUGGCAUAUUUGGCAUCUUUCCAAGUAAUUUCCCAUUCAUAGGCACGGCCCGUAACUCUCUAACAGAGAAGAGUGUAUGGUUGGUCAUCCUGCUCACCACUGUGGUGUGUGUUGUGCCUGGCUUAGCAGUCAGUUUCCUGAGAGCAGACCUCUUCCCAACUCUGACAGACAAGGUUCGUCACCUGCAACAGUCCAGAAAGAGGCAAGGGCCUCAGGAACAGAACCUGAGGCGAGUACGCAGGACGAGCUCCCGUCGCUCUGCCUAUGCCUUCUCCCACCAGCAGGGCUACGGAGAGCUGAUUACCUCAGGCAAAAACAUGAGGAUGAGCACAGUGUCUUCUGCUCGCUCCCCUGAAAGAACACCGCACAGCUCCAACUGGUUAGAGAACAUGUUGAAGAAAAAGAACGAGGUCUCUUGCAUCUCUGAUGAAAGUACAGGAGCUCCAGAAAACAGCAACAGAGCAAUACAGACUCCAAAGCAACACCACACAGGCUGAGCUCGAGCUGAGACAAUGUACACUAUAGGAUACCAUAUGCAUGGAUCCCAGAGACCAAGCACAAGGUAUGAAUGUCCUUCAUUUUGGUGAAUUUAUACUCAAAUCCAACAACACAGGUGUACCUCAUUUUUUUUGUUAGUGUGAUUCAUGUUGAAUGUUAAAGGCCAAUUAAAACAUGAUUAUUGAGAGAAACCAUUUCCAAAAAAAUCCAGCCAACUGAAAACAGACAAUGAACAACUUUUCAACCUGUAUCUUCCAAAACGUAUGUCUAAUUUGAUUUGACAACGCAUGUGUCGCCAAAGUUAAAGAAAUAGUAGCCCAAUUUGAUCUUUAAACAGUUGAUGCAUUUAUUCACUAUUAUUUUAAUGGCAUGUCCUUUUCUGAUUCAUAAAAAUGGUUGGCACAUUUCAACACCUUUACAGAAACCUGUAGCUGUCACAAACAAAAGGUGUGACACAGGAAUGACAAAAGCAAAGGUGAAACAGCCCUAAAAACAGUUUAUUAAUAGACUUAAGUCUGUAAAGCCUAUGCAUUGAAGCCAUCUUCUCAAUCUAUAUCCGAAGUGCUAAAAUACAUGUAUUUGUGUAAAUACUUGAGUAACGCUACUGAAUAUGAUGAUAAGCACAAUAUAAUUACUGAUCUAAAUCUCUGAUUACAUUUUACUGACUCCAUAUUUUGUCAGUAUAUAUGCCAUUAAACAAACUGGAGCCUCAAAAAUGGGAUUUGUAAUGCUUAGAGCUUUUGUGGACAAGAAUGUGCAAGAGUCAUUCUGAGAUGUUUUCCCUGUGCUGUGCCUUGUAUAGUUACUGUUAAAGACAAUUCAUUUUUUAUUUGA